GGAGGAGGAAGAGGAAAAAGAGGAGAAAGGGCACUUAGAAAGAUCAGAGAAACAGAGAGAUUUUUUUAAAGGACUAGGGAGAAACAAAGGAAAAAGAAAGGAGAGAGGAAAGUGUGAGAGAGAGAGAUCCAGUUUGAAGAGGGUUAGCCCCUAGUAUCAGGUAGACUAAAAGAAACAGGAGUUACUCUCCUUUCUGACCUCUCCAAGGGUUUCCUCUUUCUAAUCUGCCUAGGGAGUUUCCUUAGCCUUACACAAUGAUCCCCUCUUUCUAGUCUGCCCAGAGGUCCCCCUUCUUCUAAUCAGCCGAGGAAGUUCCCCUAAGAUUUCAUAGGGACCCCCUCUUUCUAGUCAGCCCAGGUUUCCCCUCUUUCUAAUCUACCCAGGGGUCCCCUUCUUACACACCCUUUUUUCUAAUCUGCCUAGAAAGUUCCCUUACACAAGAAUCCCCUCUUUCUAGUCUGCUCAGGGGAUCCCCCAGUGGCCUCUCCAGAGCCCCCUCUUAGCACCCCCUCCCCCAAGGCCCUCCUGUCCUUGUCCCCUUUUGGCUCCCCCUGCAGGCUGCGAGCAGCACUUCCUGCCUCACUUUCCUGCAGCCUCAUCUUGGCUCAGGCAGAGCUAGGCUCAAGGCAGGCUGUGGUACUUGCUCCCUCGUUCCCUUUCUUCCUCAGGGCCCAGGACAGCACAAGACUGAGCCCUGAGAGAGAGGUAGAUCGAACUAAAGUGUCUGAAAAAGAAGGCCCCCACCACAACAGAAGCCCCUCCCCUGGGCCCCAGCUCCUGAGGGAGCUCUGAGGCCUAGCCUCAGCCCAUCCCCCCACCUGCCCCACUCUUGCUGGAGCCAAGCCCAAAGCCAAAUGGGGACCCUGUUCAGGAGGACCCAGGAGCCUUCUUCCCUAGGUGGGGAGAACUCUGAGGGGGAGGAAAGUUCAGAGGCUAGGGAGAACACUGAGGCCGAGGAGCCUGGCCCUGUGGUUGAAGAGAAUACUGAGGGAGGGGAGAGCUCUGUGGAAGACUUUGUGUCUGAGAAAGAGGAAAGGUCUGAGAGAAAGGAAACUCAGGAACUGGAGGAAAAUGAGGGGAAAGAAGGGACUUCUCUGGAGGAAGAGACGCCUUCUGUUUCAUCCAGUGAGGGGGCCAUUGUGAGACCAAAAAGCUCUAGUGGGAGGAAGAAUGGCAUGGAACAAAGGAGCUCUAUAGAGAAGAGUUCUGUGGAGGACAAGAGUUCUAUGGAGGACAAGAGCUCUGUGGGAAGGCAGGCCUCUGGGGAGAAAAGUUCUGGAUCAGGGAUGAGUUCUGUGGAGGAAAAGAUCACUAGGGGAAGGAAGAGCUCUGUGGGAUGGGACCUUCCUGUAAGUAGGAAACCUUCCCGACAAAGAAAGCAAUCCCUGAGAAGAAAGACUUUGACAAGGGACAGUGCUGGGAGAAGAAAUAGCUUUACCAUAGGAAAGAAAAUUCUAAGAAAGGGUUCCUUCAGUAGCAAGAGCUCUGGGUCUAAAAAGAGUUCCUUGGGAGAGGACAAUUCUUUGAGCCUAGGCAGUUCUAUAACCAGGGAGAGCUCAAUGAGCAAGAACAAUUCUAAGAGAAGUAGAAAUUAUUUAGGAAGAAGAAGAUCUAUAAAAAGAAAGAUAAGAAGGAAACAUAGUAUAGGAAGAAGUUCCAGGAGAUUGAAAAGCCCUACAGGUCUAAAGAGAGAUACAGAAGGAAAGAAUUUUGUGAAGGAAGACAAUUUGGUGGGAAGGGAGAACGUUGUGAAAAGGGAGAAUGCUGCGGGAGAGAAGGGUCCUACCAAAGAGGAAGAUUCUGAGAAAACAGAGGGUUCUGUGGGAAAAGAGACUUCUGAGGGAGUGGAGAGCCCUAGAGAAGUUGAGAGUACUGGAGAAGUUGAGAGUCCUGGAGAAGAGAGUCCUGUGGGGGAUAAGAGUUCUGAUGAAGGGGAAAGUUCUGUGGAAGAGGUCCUGUGGAAAGAGGGAGAAGAGGAAGAAGAUAGUUCUGAGGAAGAAGAGUCUGUGGAAGCAGAGAGUUCUGAGGGGACUGCAGAGGAGGAGGACCCCAAGAGAGAUAAUAGUCCCAAGAAAGGGCAGAAUCUUGAAGUAAAAGAAAAUGUAGUGGAAAUUAAGGGUACUGGGGAAGGAGAACAUUCAAAGGGAAAAGAGGCUCCUGUGGAAAAGAAGCAUUCUAAAAGAAGAAAGAGCUUUAUCAGAAGGAAAACUUCUUUGGGAGGGAAGGCUACUAUGGCAGGAGAGUAUUCUAAGGGAAAGAAAAGUUCUGGGGAAUGGAUACAUUCUAAAAAAAGGAAGAGUUAUCUGUUUUGGAAGAAUUCUAUGUCAGGGAAAGGUUUUCUAGUAAGGAAGAGUUUUACAGGAGGGGAGAGUGCUAAGGGAAGGAAGAAUUCUAUAGAACAUAAAAGUUCCAUGGGAACAGAGAGUUCUAAGAUGGGGAAAAGUGUUGUUGACUCAGGGAGAACUCUAGCAAUAGAAAUUUCAGGAGAACAGAAAACUAAAGAAGGGAAAAUACCUGGGGAAAAAAAGCUUUCUGAAGAUGAAGAUAAUUCUGGAGGAGAAGAACAUGUCAAAGUAGAGAACUCUGUGAAAGCAAAGAAUCUUGAGUGAGAACUUUCCUAACAUUUAGUUGGAAGGAAAAGUGGACUCCUGAGCAAGACAAUACUAAUAACAAUGGGCAGAUUCCUGAGAAGUAAAUAAUCCCUAGUCCUCAUUUCUUUCUCCCCAUAUCCAUAUUUCUGGCACACUAAAAAUAUAGAACCAUUUCCCAAUCUAGCUCCAGAGCACUAUCGGGGGUCCUCUGACAACACUCUUCUGCAGAAACCCAAAAGGCAGUGCAGUCUUUAUAACCAAUUACUUCAGGCCAUGAACCACAGAAUCAAAAGGCCAAAUUCCAGAGCCCAAACUCAGAGUAGAGGAACCAGAGGAAUUAGACAGAAAAUGGACUUGUCCCUAUCCCUUUUCAGUUGGUCCAGAGCUAUCUCCAAAACUCAGGGAUGAGAUCUCAUAUAAGGGGAAUAAAACAAUGAUUAUUUUGUGUGCCAACUAAUAGUUACCCCCAGCUUGAAUAAUAAUAUUCCUAAAUUCAGAGAUCUCAGAAGUCAUCUAAGUUUUACCCCAGGACAAAAUUUCCUCUACAUUGAGCCAUAUCCUGCAGCAUCUGCUUGAAGACCUCCAUUGACAGGGUACUCAUCACCUCCUCAAUACAACCCAUUCCAUUUCUAGAUAGCUCUUACUGACUAAGAAAUAUGUUUGACUCCUCUCAUCAAGCUAAGGAGAUUUGCCUCCCUUUAACUUAUAAUUGUUUUAUUCCUAGUCUCCCUUCUCAGACACCAAUCAGAAUAAUAGGUCUCUUUUAUUUCUGCUAGUUGUCAUUAUAUAUAGAGUCCAUCUUCUCCUUAUUAAGAGCAUCCUAGUCCCCAAGAAACAUGACUUCUCUCCAGCUCAAGACCACUCAAACAGACCAAAUACAAUCUUUAUAAUCAGGAAGAAUUACAAGACAUUUGGGGAAAUAUCAGAGAAUAAGUCCUUGCUGGCCAGAGGCAGCAUUAACUAAUAUUCUGAUCAUUUUUAUUUAAGGAGGUAGGAUGAGGGAACGACAAUUAACAUUGUGUUUUACCAUAACACUCAGCAUUUCUUUCAAUAUAUGCAUUUUCUCUAGCAAGAGCUUCCCCAAGUAAAAUAUCGAGCCAAAAGAGUCCUCAGGGAACCAAUUAGCACCUAAGUCUCUAGAAUCUCAUUCCACUGUUCUUUCCAUAGCAGUACACAUGGUCUCUUUAGUCCUUACAUUUCCCCAGCCUUCAAGAACCUUCUUCUCCCAUUAUAAUCCCAAUCCUCAUAAUCUCCCUUAAUUUAAUUCAGAAGCUACUACCCAAAGCAAAAGAAGUUUCUUGGUUUAUCAUUUGUAGAAUCCCUUUUUUCCCCUUCUUGAAUGCCUAAAGCUAGCCCAAGCUGAUGAAUACCCUUAAUUUCUUUUCUCCACACAUGCUAUAUUCUACAUUUAUACAAUCAUUCAAGCUAUUCCUCAAUGGCUGAAAUGAAUUUCUUCAUCUCUGCUUUUCAGAAUCCUACUUUUUCAAGGCUCAGACUAGGUGCCCCCCUCCUCCAUGAAGCCUUUCCUUGUCCCCACCACCCAAAAGUAUUAUCUUUCUCCUUAAUUUCCCUAGUCUUUUUUAAUAUCUCUUCCUUUGCCUCUGUCACAUCCUAUCUUAUAUUCUAUUUAAUUCUGUAAACAGUAUUUCCCCAUUAGAAUAUAAACUCUUUGAGAGCAGGACCUAUGUCAUACCACUGAAUAAAGACCACAUAGCUUUCCUUGGCAUCCAAAGACUUCCACAAUCUGACUCGAAUAUAUCUUUGAAACUUUAUCACACUUGUUAGGGGAUUCGUGGCUACAGAACAGGGAGUCACAGAGGUACACGUGUAACUAUUCACGCAUGGCAAAAUUCCUUCCACAACUCUCCACAACAAAAAAUUAAAAACUAUGAGGAACUGAGGGAGAAGAUUGAAUUAGUUCCAAGGAGUAGAAAAAUCUGGGAGAAAAAACAGAAGUGUGGCAAGUGUGAAAAGUCAAUGGGCAUUCCUCUCAGUCAGGACUCGGGGUUUGACUGCUUUAGUGCCGUCACAAAACAUAGCAAGUACAGAAGAGAGCACAAAGGAAGUGAACUAUUUAAUCGGAUUUGAUCUAGUUCUUCUUAUCCUAUUGAGUUAGUUGAGCUUGCUUCCCAUUCUUGUCCCUGGGAUAGAGAACUAAGGUCCAGAGAGUCAAAACUAUUACAGUUAUGCCAACCAUGCUAUGAAAGGAGUGAAACCUCCCUGGUUGCCUUAGACUGGAGAGGGGAUAGGGCACAGAGGCUGAGGGAGCAGUUAUCACUGUAAAUAUCUUGGCUUAGCACUACAGGUAGUGCUAACUUCUCCAACCAUACUAGUUUCUCUCCAGAUACUAACGGUCCUAUCCUCAUGUUUGGCAGGGAAAUAGAAGGAAGGUUUAGCUUCUUAAAGCAGUGUCAGCCCACAUUUAUGACAAAGCGCUGGAUAUUUUCAGCAGAUAAUGUCUAAGUUUGUUUGGGGGACUUAGAGGCUUUUGCAAAUCAGACUAGUCAAUGAUGCCAAAAACAAGAGAGAAAGCACCCAUGGGAGGCUUGAGACUUGAGGGCUAACAGGGAGGAAGGAAAACACAAAGGGAGGUUAGGUUCAACAAAGGACAGAUUUGGUCAGAAAGACCCCGUCAGACUUAUUCAGGACAAGGCAGGAAGAAGCAGCAGAGGCAGGGGUAGUCCUUUGCAGAAGCAGCACUUGAGACUGGUAAUCCCAACUUCAGGUCGCAGACUCCUCCUCCUAAUCAGCAUGAAUGAUGGCUAGGGUCUCAUCCCCACCAGGGCCUGAUAGCUCCAUGCACUGAAGCUAGAGUCAGUACCUCCAAAAUUAGGGCCAUAAAUUGACCCACUCUCACCCCUCCACAUAUACACCAAGGCCAUUCCACACACUAGGAAACCCAACAGGGCAGCCAACAGCAGCCCACCUUCUAGGACAGUAGCUGACUAUGCCAGGAUAGGUGUUUUGUAAGGAAAAAUUGGGUCUCACUCAGCCUCCUGAUAAGUUUUCUACCUUGUCACAGAAAGGAAGGGGAGAGUUACCAAGGAUGCAUGCAUGAGAGGGAGGUUUCAAACAUGGAAGAACAGAAAAGGACAGGAGGCAGGAGAAAGGGUUCAUAGUUCUAGAACAGAGAUAUCCUAUCAUAUAAAAGAAUUGUCCUGCCUCUACAUCCUUUAAAACUAGAGGCUUGAUCUUCAGACUAGCAUGGUCUACCCAUUGCCAAAUGCUGCAAAAUAACUGUAGGACAAUUGGACACAACUGAUUAGGCAAGCCUUCCUUGAUAACAGGGCAAAGUUAAACAACUAUUCAACAACGUGGGGCAAGGAAGAAAUCUCACAAGUAAGGCACAAAGCACCUACUAUUCAGGCUUGGGAUAGUGGAUACAAGUCUACAAUAUUCUUUUCUUCAAAUGGUUGUUAGUUCAAGGAAGAGAAAGAAAAAUUCCAGAGUUAACAAACCCAGUUACCCUUUGGAAGAAUCAGUUGUUCUGUACCUUUCUCACCUGCCUCUCCAUAUUCUACUAUGGAUCUAGACUAAUGGAGUUGUUCACAAAAGGAUCUUUGGCUUAACUUUAAAAUUAUCUUUAACAUACAGUGGGAGUUUAUCUCCAAUUAGCAACAUUUCUUGCUGAUUGGCCUUUUGUAUCUUCUUCACUGAGAGUCACUUGUUACAUUCACUGGGCUAGAUGUUGAGUCUAUUUUCCCUCAGUCCUCUGAUCCCACUGAAGUUUGGGUCCAGAAAUGGCAAUCUGUAUAUGCCAUGGGAAAACCGUAGACAGACUCGUAGUCCAAGGGGUUGUGGCAAAAGAAAACAACACAAAGGAUUAUCAUUUAGGUCCUCCUGACAUCUUUGUGGAGCCAUUUUUCUAACCCUUCCCAUCAUUUCUAUAUAUUUUACCUGAUCUACUUCAGCUGUGCUAUUUAGUGGCACUGACUUGUGAGAGCUUCAGUUAUGUAUCAGUUAUCAUUAUUCAUGUAUCAGUUAUGAUUAUUCAUUAAAGAGUCUCAGACAACUUCUCUCUCUCAUUCUCUCUGUAUAUGCAUAUGUAUAUGUGGUAGGAAGAAGGUACUACUCAUUCAUCAGGACACCUCCACACCUAUAGCCAAUAAAUAUUCAGUGCUCAUUAUGUGCCAGGCACUGCAUCAAAUGUAAUAAUAUCAAUAAUAAUUCCUAACAUAAAUUGGGCCUUCACAAAUAGAAAUGUUCCACCUAAUGUAUGGAACCAAUAUCAAAACAAUCAGCAUCAAUUCCAUGAAGCCAGAUUCAUAUUAAUAUCCCCACUAGUCACCAGAAAUAAUUCUUCUACCCCCUGAAAACAUGUUUUCAAAUGAGGGAAAGAGAAACACAUGGCAGUAAGAAUAAUAAUAUCUGGCAAUAGUACAACAGUGGUGCAUAUAGUAUUGUCCACAUAUAUUGCAGACAGGCUAGCAACUCUAGCAUCAAUUGUAAAAAAUAAGAGUAUUAAGAACUUUGCAUCAAUUGUAAAAAAUAAGAGUAUUAAGAACUUUGCUUCUGUUCCCCAAAUCACUUUUCUAAUAGGAGUGAGGCUACUUCCUGCACAAGAAAGUACCUGAUUUCUUAGAUCUACUUUCUGCCUUGUUCUAAAGCACAUUUUACAAAUCAUUUGAAAACCAGUUUUUCACCAUUUACAUACAAAUCUUAGCUCAAGUCACAAUAUCUCUUUUGGAGGUAACAAUUCUUUAACUAGUAUGUAUGAAACCUUUCAAGCUAGAGCAAGAUCUAUGCUGCAAUUAAUUCUAAAGAUUCUAUUCCAAGGAAGAUGAACAAGUUUUAAAGAGACUUGUUUGGGAUCCUUAUCAUGAUUCUACAGUUAAUUCUAAAGACUGUUCCAAAGAUGAACAGAUUAUAGUGGAACUCAUUUGAGACCCUUCUCAAGUAACUCAUCCUACUCCCAGGUCCUACCAUCAGCUUUUCUUUCUUCCAUGGCUCCUCUUUCCCAUCAUGCAACCUUGUUAGUAGAGAGAUCUAUCCACAAACUAGGUGUAAAGUCCAUGUUUAAUACAACGCAUUUUUUUAUAUUGGCUCCCAGAAAGCAGCUAGGUUUCCAUUAUUUUUCACUUCCUUUCAGUUUUGUUUUAAUGAUGUUGGGGGGAUGGGGCUCCACAGGAAAUAUAUCAAAAAAAAAACCUCGUUACAACUCCCAAUAUCCAGUCCCUUCUAGUUCAGAGGGAACCAAAAUACCACAGAAAAAUUACUACAGCUUGUUUCUUUACCAUAAUACAAGUAGAGUUGGAUUAUCCGAAUUUCUUCUCACUGAACUCUUCCCAGUAGCUUUGGGUUUUCUUGGUUGAUAGUAUCAGUAAUUUGCCUCCCAGUCAAGCUCUCACUUCAGAAAUGUAUGGAAAGGGGAGAGAGAGAAGAGGUAGGUUUGCCAUAGGAAAGAGUCUGGAGUCUAGGAGAAAAGACUUGGUUUUUCCACUAGGAGAUGUAAUUGAUCACCUAGAAGGGGAAUUGAGGCACAAAUUGUGGGAUCCAUCCUUCUAGCUGACUACAUUGCUGACAUACAGAUGCCAGGUCUAACUGAGAUAAUAAACCUAAUCAGACUUCCAUUCUACUGGACAUUGCAUAAAUGCACACAGAAUAGCCAAUCCUGGAAAUGCCUUUUUCAGAGCACUUCAGGAAGGCUGAAGGCAGGAAACCAAUGGUUUAACUGUCCAGUCUUCUUUCUAAAGACUGUGAGACUCACCAAAAAAAAGAGAACAAGAAAGAAAGAUAAAGACUGAGGGUAAAAUGGAGGAGGAAGAUGUGCAGUGGAGGAAGGGGAGGCCACAAGAUGAAGCAAGAGACCUAAACAAAGACUUUCCAGCACACAGCAGAAAGGAAAUCUAGCUAAUCUUUUGAAGGACCCCACAUCUAGAAUCCUACUAGCCUAGACUAUUUGGAAGACUUCAAAGCCUGCACAAAAGUCAGAUAGUCCAUUGAUGCUAACAGUAAUAGAUCUUUAUGGGGAGGGAGGGAAGAGAACCUACUUAACACUUUGUUGUUUUGCAGUUCUCUGUUGCAUUGUAUCAUGAAUUUAUAGUUAUGAAGUGUUUUUGUCUUAUGCCUCUUCUAGUCUAUAAACUCCCUACAGACAGAGACUCUGGCUUUGUAUUUCCCUCAGUUCAUUCUAGGGUUUCAGUGCUUCACAGAUGUUUGUUGAAUAAAUGAAUGAAUGAAUUAGCAAAAGAUUUUGCAAUAAGAAGUUAAUUAGAAAGGGAUCUCACUGUGAGGUGGCUAAUUUCAAACCAAAUGGUUCUGUUUGGAGGGGUUAUUUGUUCUUUGACUGCCGUGUGACAUUGGGCAAGUUACUUAGCCUCUAGACCUCAAAAUAGGGUCAAUAAAACCUGAUCCCUUUUCUUUUAUAGGACUGUUAUGAGUAUCAAAUGUGAUACUGCAUAUGAAAAUAUUGGUUCAGAAAAUAUAUACUCAUAACACAUGAAAUUCACUUGGCCAACCAUCUAUCAGCUGUGACAAGGAUGAGGCAAGUGAGACAUUUGCCUUGGACAUGCAAAACUAAGGGGGAAAAGAAGAUUUAUAUGCUUAUGUCAAAUUUUAAGAGGUAAAGGAGAAUUCCUUCCUUUCUGUUAACAAUAAACUACAAAAGUGAAAAGUGAUAUGUUAAUAGUAACUGUUUGAAGGCAUGAUACUUUGAGAGGAAUUGUUUGAGUGUUUGAGAUGAAAUGUCUGUUGUGUCAAAAUAAUAUAUCUAUUUUCUCUAAAGAACAUUGAACUGAAACUUAUAAUGCCUGAUCCCUUGUCCAAGAGCUGCUGCCAUAAACUUGGCAAAUCACUUAUGUAAUCUGAGUUUCAAUUUCUUUUUCCAUGAGAUGAUCUUAAAAGUUCCUUUUGGCACUCGAACUCUGCAGCAUCGGAACUAGCUAAAUUCAUUCUCUGUGUAGGACUCUAAAAUUGUACUUUACCCCAAGUCCUAGUGACUGCUUAGCCAAAUGGAUAUAUAUAGUCACCACUAUAGCUCCUGAAUCCCACAAGGGUGCUAUACACUUACACAAAAUCAGUCACAAUGGCAUAAUAACCUCUUAAACAUAAGUGAGAGAGCAAAAGCAAGAAUGGUCAUACAUUUACAUAUGUAGAAGGGGAAAAGUAGGACUCUUCAAAAAUCAUAAUCCAACUCAUGUUUGCAACAUCAAAUAGAAUGGAAGUCUGAUUAGGUGUGAGUCACAUUCUCCUACCAAUGAACACUGUGUGUGUGUGUGUGUGUGUGGAGGGUCACAGAGAAAUUUAUCAGUGAAGUACAUGAAUAAGGGCAGAACCCAUGUCCCCAGGGGAACUCACAACUCUGGACUACAGAUCUUGAUACCUUUGUUCUCUUUAGGGAAAAGUCGAUACCAAAGCCAUUCCUUGCUACUCCUAUGCCACUGGUAUAAACACAAGCUACAUUUGGAAGAACAUUAAGAAAGUGUAAACUUUUUUUUAAACAAAACUAAAUAUAUGCAUAUUUCAGCAGCAAAAGAGUUGUGAAGUUGUAAAGACUGUCUUUCCCUUUUUCCACAUAACAAGGGGCAUCAUUAAACAUCGGUCUAAGAUCUUAAGGAAGAGCAAUGCAGUCACUCACACUCACCUUAGUUGAUGUAACUAUAUGAUUUAUCGUGUUCUUGCAAACCAUUUGGUGAUCAUCACUGACACCAAGUGGGUGCUAGCCUUAGUAUGGUCCCGGGAAAUUAAAUUAGAUAUUAUAAAUGCUCGAAUGGAGUUGGAUCUAUCAUAGACAUAGACCAAACACUGAAUAAUCCAUAACCAUGAGGGGUGGUAUGGUUUCAUAAUAAGAAGCCAAAGCUUACUACAAGUGCAGGAGUCUAGAAUAAAUAAACCCUAGGUACCCCUGCAAGUCCCAAUAAAGAGUAGAUCAUAGAAACCUAAACAAAUGAAAUGGCAAAGUUUGUUUGGAGUCAGGGGUUAUGCUUGUAGAUGCUCACAAGUUAUCUACCAGUCACUAUCUGUAUUCCAUCUUUGAAUGGCAUCAUUCUACAUCACUCUACCCUUUACCAAUAAAUAGGUGAAUUUGACCAAGAAUCCUUCCAGGUACAUAGUGUAAUAUAUGGUUCACUUACCCUCCCCCCAAAUAAGCACAAUAAUGUACUAACAUGGAAAUUACCAGCAAAAUCCAAAACAAAGCCAUAAAAAUACACUGAAAGUUCAAAUAGAGUAUUGCUUUAUCAGUUGGGUAAUAACGGGGAAUAGGAUACAGUGUCAAUCUUUGGAAUCAGGAAGACCUAAGUUUGAAUACUACUUCAGGCACUGACUGGCUGUGUUACCCUGGACAAGUCAUUAGUCCCUUUUCUAGCCUCAUUAUUCAUAUCUAUCAAAUAGAAUUGGUAUCAUUUACCUCACAGAGUUGUAAAGAUCAAAUGAGAUAGUACAUGAAAAAUAAUUUGCAAACCUUAAAGCACUAUGUUAAUGCUAAUGAUUCUUGUUAUUAUCCUAGAAUGGGGGAAGGGAAGACAACUUCUAUAUGAACUAAGCUGUUGUCAAAGUUAUUGUCUUGUCCAGUUAUCAUUGUCCUGUCUCAUUGCUCAGCAUCCUUUCAUUUCUGCCUCUGACUAGAGGAACUAUUCUCUAUUAUCAACAGACAAGUGGAGAUGCCUUCAGGAAUUAAAUAUGUAUUCAAUAGAUCACUCCCAUCAGAGAAAGGCAUACUAAUGAUCUUGUCAACAAGAGUAUGAAUAUCCCCAUGUCCCACCAGGGGAAGGAGGUAUCAAACUCACCAACAGAAAGGUCCAGUGGCAAAUUAUAUGACUAUCAUCCUGAAUAGGACAUUCUAAUGGUGUUAUCCUCUAUUGCCAUGGCCCUUUGCCUCUUCCUGAACUAAAGACCAUUUCUUAUUGUUAGUGACAAUUUACUGUGAAAAAGUAUCAUGAUGGGCAAUGCGAUACAUUAUGGCUGCUGAGACGAAACUCCCUACAUGCCAAUAUACUUUGUGUUUUCAUCUACACAAUUACCAAGUGUAGUUAUUUGUCCCCACUCUUGCUUCCAUCUUGAGGAUGAUUUGAACCUCUACCCUUUCUGGGAAUAUCUAGAGUUAAGAUGCCCAGCACCUAACAUUCAGGGAGACUUUCAAAUCAUUCCUAUUAUAAAGCUUCCUCAAGGUUAUGGUCAGGAAGUUAGGAAGCCUGUGAUACAUUUGGUCUUUUUGUAGUUUAAAGGCAAACUCCCAGAAAGAGACAUGAGGGAUUCGGCACAAUGGAUCAUAAUCCUCUUUGAGACAAUAAUUUGCCAGAUUCUUAGUAAAAUCUAUUAGAACCUUUCUAGAUCAAAGCUUCCCCUCCCUUUACCUCCUCAAAGACUGUCUCCACUGGACCAUUUUUUGAGAUAAGUGCUACCCUUGUACACAGACAGGACAAGUGUCUUGUACCACUCAGCUUGGAAGAACACAUACAAACGAAACUGCAUUUAUAUUAUUUAAUAUUGCUUAGAGUAAUCUUUUCUUUGAAUAAUCCAUUCUGCUAUUUGGAACCAGGUUAGCCAAACUGAGAUAGUCAUGAGAGUAUCAAUUAUCUAGGGAGCCUAAAUCUUGCCUUUAUUUGUGAAUGUAACCCUUCUGUUCACUUAUCAAAUUAAAACUUUUAUUCAGUAGUUGUUUCCUUAUGCUAAAAUACAGACUCUCUUAUAAAGAAUAUAUUAAAACUUUAGGAGUGCAAUCCAAAUGCCCAAUUAAUCAUCAAUGUUGUUUCUGAACCCAGAUGCCCUCCUCCCUUAAUCAAAUAAGAGUUUCAUUCAGGAGAAUAUCCUUGCCACUCAAAUAAAGUAUUAGAUCUUAUAGAAUCAUUCCUUAAUUUAUUAGAAGAUUCCCUUGGUCUGGUAAGCCAGGCUCACUCAUCUAUGAAUCUGCUAGUCUUAGAGUUCUCCUAUAUAUUAGACACCAUUUCUCCUGCUCCUUAAAGAAGUGGAAACAUCAAAGAAAUGUGACAACUAUGUCAUCAUGCCCAAGGUACAGUCCCUAAAUGAAAAGGACCUUAACUCUAAGAUAUGAAAUGGGUACAUCAGAAAAGACAUUGAGGGAAUCUAGAUGAAUUGGGAUUACCUUAUUCUCCAGCCACUGUUACUGGCUACCUAUUCCAUAACCUAAAUUCAAAUACAAGACUUAAGUGAUAACUUGCCAUGCAAAUGCAGGAUGAAAGAAAUUAUACACAAAAUGAGAUCCAAAGAUUAAGUGAAUAAAGAGCUCCUAAAGGAGCUUCUAUAACUAUUUGAAAAGGAAAACACAAUGGAGUGGAGACUACUGUCAGCUCACAGGAAAGCCCCAAUGGAAUAUCUCCAUACUUUGUCCUUCAUCUACACUCUGAUCAUGAGGAAGAAGAUAAACAGAUUAAAAUAUGGUGCCUAAUGAAAGAAGGAAUUCUCCCUUUGACAAACCCUCACCAGAACUGGUGACCAUGUUGUUAAAUUACUGUGGAUUUUAGCCUUCUUGGGAGCCUGUUUACAGGCAAGUCACUGAGAAAGUAAUGGUGAAAAUAUGGCACAUUGUAGGAGCAAUGGGCCCCAGAAUGCACCCUCCCGUGGUCCCACUUGACUAUGAAUAUAUUACAAGAGUAAAUAUCUUAGGUGAUUGGCGUAUUUCCUUUUUUAUUUAGUUUCUUAAUGCAAAGCAUUAUGCUUACUGACUGGGUGAAAUGGAAAUUUCCAGAGCUCCUCAGUGUGCUGGUGAAGUCUUUCAGCCAGCUAUCACUAGCCUGUGUCAGGCCUGGUCUUAAACCCUAACUAAUCCAAUGCUGACAUCUUCAAAGGAAGGCGAAAUAUAGUCCUAUGAAGAGAUUCUUCAUCUCAGGAAUGUUUAUAAAGGCUCUGAGGCCAGAACCAAAAGGACCUAUAUUUCAAUGUCUUAAAUCCUAAAACUCAGGGGAGGAAAAAGAGACAUUAAAAUUAACAACAUAAUUAAAGGAUAUGGAACAUAAUUUGCAUAAGUGUACCUGAAAAGAAAGUUUUCAAUUAAAUCAGUAGUACUGGUGAGUUCUUUGAAAAUCUCAGAACUCUGGAUGGUUUAUCAGUUGGAACUAUAUUGCGAGUUUCAGAUGACUGGUCUUAACAAGACAGACCACACUCUUUUUUUUUCUGCUUUUUCUCUCUGUCCCCCUUUGAGUUCAGACAAUAUUAAUGUUGUAGACCAUCAUAAAAAAAAAUAGCCUGUUAUUUAGCUUACAUUGCCAACCAAUGACAAGAUAUUCAUUGACUGGUUUGGACUGGGUUUCAGAAACAGUGAUACCUGGAACAUAGUCCAAGAAUUAAGUGAAUUGUUAAUUUUUUUCUUGGAUUUACUUCCUGGAGUUCAUAUUUGUUGUGUUUAGACUGCUUUUCUUAAGUCCCCUUGAACUUUGAAAAAUUAGGACAAAUGAAAAAUAAGGAAUAGUAAUUCUUUCCCAAAUUGGACCUGGUGACCAGUUGUUGACCCAAGUGCAAAGAGUGAACUGAUGAGUCAAUACUAGACUUUUGCAAAGUCUAAAGCAUUACAUAAAUGUGGCUAUUAUUUCUCUCCAGAUAGUAUAUAAUAUUAGCUAUUAUUUCUCUCCAGAUGCUAUAUCUUUCCAAUAUUAGGGAAUUUGCAUAUCAAGAUAGGAAUCCAAAUAUGCAUGAACAAUUGAACAAACCACUUACUCGACUCCAACCAGGACAAUAAAUCGGUGGUUUCUAAUGAGUCAGAGAUUAAGGAGGUGGUUUCCUGUACUUCCAUAGAGUGCAUGCCUUGAUUGAAAACCAAGGUCCACAGACUUUGCUUUCCAAUUAUUGAUGAGUGAGAACCCCCUCAAUUCAAAACUGACUGCUUUCUUGGAAAAGAAACACCACUUUCAUUGAUCUUUAAAGUUAGAAGACCUUAAAAUGUAGAAAGAAGAGUAUUUCUUCACCCUCAGGGAAGAGCUAAGAAAUAAUCCGUGGCUAAGAGAGGCAGAAUGGUGAAAGUAUGCAUCAGAGGACCUGGGUUCAACUCCUUGCUCUACUACCAAUACUGUAAAAUUGAGCAAGUCAUUCACUUUUUCUGUGCCUUCAUUUACUUAUCUGUUAAAAAAAAAUUAAAUAUAUGGAGGGAAGAGUAGAUAAUUUCUUCCAGCUCUAAAUCUUUGGUCCUAGCUUGUGAUCUGACUUAACCAAAAAUGGUAAGAGCAUCCACACAUCUUUUUCCCACAUUUGCUCUUCUUCUGGUUAAGAAGAUAAAUUAAUAUUUGACUUUGCUCUUGUUAUAUCUGUAUUUUUUUUACUUUGCUCUUGUUUCAUCAUAUCAUCCAGUAGAGCAAUAGUAUCUUAGCCCUAUUCUAACACUUUCCAUUAUCUGAUGGCCAGAAGAGCAGGAGCUUUGGGGUCUAUGAUGUCUAUCAGUCUACUAUUCUUUUCUGCUGGAAUCAGAAAGCACAAGUCUUCCUCUGUCCUGUCUCUAUAUUCCUGCUGGACUAGAAAUCCCUCCUUAUCCCUUUCUAGUUGUCCACAUUGAAGACCCAUUCAAUUUAGAACAGGCAUGGUUUGGUAUUCUAUUUCCAUACUCCUUUCAGAAUUAUUAAAUGGCUCAACACUUUCCUUAGCAAAUGGGUUUAAUGAUCAAGAGGCAGAGAAUAAAGGAAAAAUAACUAUGACUAACACAAGUGUUAAAGAUUCACAACCUUCUCAAAAAUGUUGUAAAUAUUUCACUUUUUCCCUCUGGGGUUCCCUGCCCCAGUCAUUACUGUACCUUUUUUAAAUGGUUAAUGCAGAACUCUCCUUUGUAAUUUGCUUGUCCUAGGAGUGGUCCACUGGCUGUACAGAGUAGAAAUUUUAUGGCAGAAGAAAAGGAAUUCAGAAAUACAUUCCAAAUAUGGGAUCCAAUGACAGAGAUUUGACUAGUAAUGCUACUAGACUACAUUUGCUUUUGAGAAAAUGUUACCAUGAAUUAUAGCAACUUUCACAACUUUGUUUUAAAUUUGAUGGGUCUUCAGUCUUGGUGACCAGUCAGGUUCUUGAGAUUAACUCCCAUGAGGUAUUAGAACAACAGGAAUACAUCUGUGUUCGCUUUAUGAGCUGUCUUUCCAGAUGCAAUGGUUUGAGACAUAUUUGAAGUGGAGACUUCAUUUUAAGAUGGAGUUGCAAAAAGAAAAUUUUAAAUGGAAUUACAGACCUCUAUUAAUAUAGCAAUCUGGAAUUGUGGCCAUUAUGCCAUGGAAAAAGAAAAGACUGGGCAAAUUAUUUUACCUUUUUUUUCAGGGUCUUCUUGCUGGCUACUAAGGGUUCUCAUAUAUAGGCAAAUAUGUUAUUGUGCUAAUAUUGCAUAUUACUGCAUGCAUAAUUAAAUUCUGUUGUGGAAAACAGAAUGCUGUUAUUCGAGUAUUUGUUGCAGACACCUAUUUUUCCUAUAUGUUGUGAUGAGGAAUAUGAAAGAUAUAAAUGUCUACAGCAAUUAAAUGUUAAGGUUAUCUACAUAAGAACUAGGAAGAAUUACUACUGCUGCUUUGAUAAUAUAAUGUCCUUACCAUGUUCUUGACUGGUCUACUGUAUAUAUAUAUAUAAACUCCCUAGUUCUACAACACUUUUUACAUGCCCUAUUGUUGUGAUGUUUGUAAUAUUCAAAUAUUCCAUUUGAGCAGUGAAGAAAUUUCACCUCAGCAUUUCCCCUCUCCAUGCAUUUCUCUCCCCUCCUUAAUUGUCCAGAGCCUAAGUUCAGGCAGCUGACCUACCAACGUGACUCAAAUAAGGGUGCUCUAUAAGAGAGAGUUACCCGAUAAUGUGUCAAGUGGCUAAACCACAGUAUUUGAACGACUAACUGGCUGUGGCACAGCUACUGGGAAAAUUAUAAAAAUGUAUUUCUACUGUAGCCCGUUGAGUUCAUUCAGUCAGCAAUCACUGGUCUGUGUCCUAGUAGUCUGGCCUUGUAUCUAGGCUGAUCCAAAGUUGAUUUUAUCUUCAGAGACAGUCAAGAUGGAAUAUGGACUGACCACACAGGGAUUCUUCAACUGAUGAUUUUCCAAGAAAGCUCUCAGUCCAGAUAAAAAGUACCCAUUUUCCUAAGUCAAAGGGUAGAGUUCUUUCAUUCCCAGCAAUCUUAAUGCUGGUGGAAAUACAAAAUUUAAAAAAUUAGGAGUAGGAGAGGCUAUUACAACCAACCCUUUUCCAUCUUAAUCUCAAAGUGAUUUGCAAGGCACCUGGGAGUGUUAUAAUUGCUGAACAAAAAAUGUCACAUCAGCACCAGAAAGUUCCUUUGAAGUUUUCCUAAACAAAGUCCCUAGGUUAAUUUGGGGGGGAAAAAAGACAAAGGAUAGAUGUUGCCCUGGGAAUGAGAGUUAUAAAACAAUUUUCUAAUCCUAUAGAUCUUCAAAUAUACCCAUGAUAAAAAAUGGAUGAGAUUAAACAUGGGAAUUGGAAUAAUAAUUUUGUAGUCAGAGGUUUGAAAUCAUAGAUAUCAAUACUGACUCUACCUAUCUCUUCCUACAUGCCAUCUCCUAUAUCCCCAUCACCCAGGAAAGAAAGGACCUCAUCUAAGCAGACUACAUCAUUCCACCAUAGUCCUGAUGACAUGAUCAUUUCUUGAGGGAUCUUUUAGUGCAAUAUUCUAGAAUUCUAGGAACAGGCAGCCAUAUGAACCCAAGGUAUACUUUGCUCAGAAUCCGAAGUAGAACGUGGAGCUUCUACUUUGACUAUUUUAUUGUCACUUGCUGUUUCCUUAUCAAUUUUUCACUCUCAGAAUUGACCCUGGGAACUCAAGAUCAGAAUUAGACACAAAGAUUAUUGCAAAUUCAGAUGCAGCUUUGUUUUGUAGGCCUAAGGCCUAAAUCAUAUAGUAUGCUGAGGGGAGAGAUCUUGAGCCCAGCAAGAGGGAAAAAAAAGUUCAAAAGACAGACUUAAAAAUGCCUUGGGGUUUCGCUCACUAGCUGGCUGGGGUUGCAUCACAAAUGAGCACAUCCUAGCUAAAAUGCUGGCCAUGCAGAUGACAGCAAAGAACCACAGAGGACCCAAAGAGGCCACUGAGCAUCAGAAGACAAAAAGAUGGCAACAACAGCAGAGAGAAGUCGCCAGAAGAUGCAGCACUGCAGGCAGAACAGAGAAGAGAGCCCUGUUGGUUAAUCAGAGACAGCAGGGCCCUCAAGGACAUCACCAGAAGACAAUGGUGUCUCAGCAGCAGCCAAGGGCCCAAAGCUCAAGACACAUAGGAAGCUGGAGAGAGAGAAUCUGAGCCCAGCAAGAGAGGAGGCAAUAGCUAACUGGCUGGGGUUUGCAUCACAAAAGAGCUACAUAUAACCACAUUACAGAUGAAGAGAUCAACCAGCAGCCACAGUACAUCAGGGUAUAGAAGACUGAAAGAGGCCAUAUAGAUGCUGAAACCAGCAGAUGGUAGCAAAAAAACAAUGCAGCACAGAUGCCUUUGCAGACAGAAAAGAUACCCCUAAGGAGAAAAAAAAAAGCAAUAGCAGAGGACCCUAGAGCUCAACUGAUUAUAUCACCAGAGGCUCCCUCAUUAGUGGCUCAGCAGCAGUAGGGAUGGGAUCUGGCUUGACCAUGCAGGACCACAUGGCUCCCCUAUGGAGGUGCCCAAAUCUGUGUUUCCUGGUCACCUGUGUGUGUCCCCACCUGGUAGUGUGGUAACUUGGGGAAGGAUGUAUCCCAGGAUAGAUGAGGGACCUUUCUUUUCAUUUAUUUUGCUAUACUGUUUAAAAAAAAGAGGUCUUUUGCUCUGAACUAGUGGGUCCUUUGGUUAACCUGGUAAAAACAAACAUAUCAGCAGGUAAUUUUAAACUAUGUUUUUGAAUGUGCGCUUAACUACACAGUACCUCGAAUAUAUUGUCCAAGGAGUCCACUUGUAAGGGUCCAAGAUGUGUUCAGUCAGGAAGCUCUUCUUUUUUUUUUUACAUUGAUAAAUGUAUAUAUAUUUUCAGUCUCAAAUAAAUGUUUUUCAGAUUCA